AUGGAAAAUUUCGCUGCAAUACCCAAGAAAAUCUUAAACAUCACUUCACAAGACAAAAUUGCAUUGGAAGAUGUUAAAUGUCCUAACAAGACAAACAAUAUUAAUUUACAUAAUAAUGUUAAUACACAAGGAAAACAAAAUGAUCCAGAAACAAGGAUACCACUUGGAAUUAUCAUAUCUAAAAAUCAUAAUAAUCGUAAAGGUAGUAACGAAUCAAAUAAAAUUAAAAACAUUUCAAAAAAUAAUAAGAGAAAAAUUUCUGCUCUAGAUGAUAAUAGUUCUGGAAUCUCGUUACUCACACAUAUCGACACACCCUAUAAGCCACCAUAUACAUAUGCUUCGUUGAUCGGUCAGGCGAUCUUGACUUCACCAGAUAAAAAAAUGAAAUUGAAUGAAAUAUAUGCGUGGAUAAUGACUACAUAUCCAUUCUAUAAGGUGGAAAAUAAAGGGUGGCAGAAUUCUAUUAGACACAAUCUUUCAUUAUAUAAUGUAUUUGUGAAAGAGUUAGAUAAUAGUAAAAGUAGUAAAAAAGACUGUUACUGGACAAUACCAUCAGAAUAUCAAUGUGCUUUUGUAGACGGUGUCUACAGACACGAUAGGAUUCCCAACACUUCAAAACGAACAAAAAGAUCUGAACCGGAAUCAAAUAAAGAUUAUGAUUUUGCUAGUAGUGGUAUUCACAUUCAUCAAAAUAAUCCUGACGAAGAUACUUCUUUAAUCGUCUCUAGCAAUAAUUUAACAACGGCAGCACAAAGUCUUUUAUUCGACAUUAACCAAGUCUCAACACCACUACCAUAUAAACAAAUCGCACAAGAAUCUUCUAUUGAUGAUAUACUCCUUCAUCAAAACUAUAAUAUUAUCACUAAUGAAGAUCCUGCAUUCACUACAACUACCAAUAAUAUUGUAACAAACCCAUUUCCUGUCAUUAACCAAGAGCAAAUACUAUCAGCACAACAAGAUCAACAAAACAAAACAUAUAUCAGUGAUUUAUUCCUUCAUCAAAAUUAUACUGAUGGAUCCGCUUCUGCAUCUUCUAAUAAUAUUAUAGUGAACAUGCUACAAAAUCCUUUUCUUGUCGAUCAAGAACCAGCACAACAAGAAGCACAAGAAUCAGCGUGCAUAUCUCAAAGUGAAGACAAUAAUAAUGAUACGCCACCAAUAGAAGAUAAUAUUGAAUCAUUAAUAGGAUCAUUAUUUGAGGGUUUUAACGAUGAGGUUAGCACUACAACUGACAAUGUCGAUACCGGUGAUUGGAGGUCUAUUUAUGCUAUUAUAUCAAGCUUACCAAAUACAGAAAGAUGA